GACGCGUUUGGUUUGGCUAGUUGUAUACGCCGACAUCGUCAAAACGUAUACAUAUCGCACGUGCUUUUCAAGAUUAGUACCCAAACGCUGCGAGAAAGAAGGGCUUAACCCUAGCCCUCAUUCUUUGCGAUUGUUUACAGAAACUUCAAUUCAAUUCCAAUUCCAAUUCCAAUUCCGCUUUCACCGAAACCCUACCCCUAGCAAUCGAAGAAGAAUGCUUCUAUCUCCGGGUCAGUCUCCGCGCCAUCUCUCAUCCCCUUCACCUUCCACAGUUUCCGAAAAUGCCGUCCGAAGCGCUGAUCGUACGCCCCCAACCUCGCAGACAAACCCUAGAAGCCAACCCGCGGUCCUCGACGAAGACACCUACGUCGCUGCCAUCGAGCAGAUUAUCGAGCGGGACUUCUUCCCCGACAUCUCAAAGCUCAGGGACCGACUCGAUUGGCUCGAAGCGAUCAAGACGGGCGACCCAGUUCAAAUCCGCGAUGCGCAGUUAAAGAUCAUCGAGCGCCGUGCCAACAAGAAGGUAAGCAAACCGAACCCUGAUGGUAAAACCCAAACACCCGGUUCUACUUUCAUGCGUAAUUUCACUCCCUUCGAUGAAUUAGACGGUAAAACCCCGAGAACACCAGGUGUUUCGGGUAUGGUUAUAUCAGAUGAGGCUGGUGACGGAAGAGACGAUGAUGCUGGUGGCGGCGUCGACGAUUCUCUGACGCUGGACCAGUUUUUUAGGCGGUACACGAGUGAGGACAAUCAUAGUUUUUCGAAAAUUAUAGAGAAAGUGAAUAGGAAGAGGAAAGAACGAUUUGGGUAUUUGACUGAAGGUGAAAAGGAACAAGUUCAGGCAAUUGAGGAUUCUAAGAGGGAUAGGAUUACAGAUGGGUAUGGGACAUCCUAUCAGCCUCCCAGUACAUUGGAAGGUUGGAAAUAUACUGCAAAGAAUUUGUUGAUGUACCAUCCUACUGAUAGGGGUGAAGCUCCAUUGACAGAGGAGGAACUUGCUGUUAGGAUGAAGGCUUUGGAGAAGGAGAUUAGUCGUUCCAAUACAAGGUUUCAUGGUAAGAUGAUGGAUUGUAGGCCGAAAGAUGAUGGUACUUUGGAAGUACUUUAUACUCCUAUUGCUGGUGCAACCCCAAUGCCUAUGUUGGAUAGAGAUGGUGAUAAGUCAAAGAGGUAUGAUUUGGAUGAUUUGAGGAGAACUCCAAAUCCAUUCUAUGUAGAAUCGGCAAAGAAGGCUGAUAAUGGUUAUAGUUUUGUUAAGACUCCAUCACCUGCUCCUGGUGUUGAUGAAUCACCAUUCAUUACUUGGGGUGAAAUUGAAGGAACACCAUUGCGAUUGGAGCCUGAAGACACACCGAUAGAUAUUGGUGGUAGUGGUGAUGGUCCUCAUUAUAGGAUCCCAUGCCCACCUGCAAGAGAUGAGAAGGCUCAUUCACUGUCAAGGGACGCUGCACGAAAACUGAGGGAGAGGUCAAAAAUGUUUCAGAAGCCACCACUACCAUCUCCUGUUAGAGGGGGCAGUGCCAGUCCAAGCGUGCGGACUCUUUCACCUGCUGCCCAGAAGUUUGUAAGGAAUGCAAUUGCCAAGUCUUCAGCUUCUGUUGAUGAAACUCUUCGUGCCAGUUACCGGGGUGCAAGUUCGGGCCUUGCUACUCCAAAGGGUGGAAGAAGUGUGUCAAGGCUUGGGAGAGAUGGUAGUAUGUCUUCAAGGUCCCCUUCUGUACGAGAGGGUUCUAAUCCUCCUUGGUAAUUUGUAAUUUUAGCUAAUGUUACAUUAUCAUAAACAAUGCUCGUCAAGCAGUGAGCGAUCCUUUUGUUUAAAAGUAUAUGUAAAAAAAUUGAGCUGUCCCAUUGUUAAUAAGAUGAAAUUUGAGAUCUUAGAUUGCA